GCAGCAUUAGUCAAACCAUGUGACUGUGUGAAACCUGCAGGCAGUCAGUGGUUUCAUCUUUUUUCCCUGCAGAUCAUCAUCAUCAUCAGCAGAGAUGAGUCGGCGGCAGCAGAGGCAGGAGGAGAAGGAGGAGAAGGAGGCUGUUGGUUUUCAGCCUGAUCCUGGAGCUCCCAGCUGCAUGUCUCUGAAGAGCGACCGCUCUUUGCCCAACCCGAUCAGCUUUCAUGAUGGAGGGCCAAAAAGUUUACAGUGGAGUUCAUCUGAACCUGGAGCUCCCAGUAUCGUCUCGAUGAAGAGCGACGAGUCAUUGUUCCGCCCAAUCAACUUUUAUCGUGAAGGGUCAAAAAGGAAGAGGACGGCAGAGCUGUCCAGUGAGGAGGUUUUAAAGGAUCCAGUGUCCAGUGAGUGUGAAACCACAGCUGGAAUGGGUUCAAAACGUCGCAAAACUUCAGACAAAGACACAGGAGACAGCCUGUUCUUGAAAGUGAUCAGAAAUUUUAAAGAAGAAAUGAAAAAGACAUUUUGCAUGAUCUGCGAAAGUCCUGGUGAGCAACAGAGCUCCCUGAACAGCAUCUACACAGAACUCCACAUAACAACAGGCGAGGGCGAAGGGCUGCCAGAACAGCACGAGGCCACACAAAUUAAACAUAAAUUGAGAAGAAAAUCGUCUGAGACGUUAAUCAAACUUAACAACAUCUUCCUGCCUUUGCCUGGCCAAAAGACAUCACACAGGACCGUCCUGACGAAGGGCAUCGCAGGCAUCGGAAAAUCGUCUGCCGUGCAGAAGUUCAUCCUUGACUGGGCCGAAGAGAAAGCAAACAAGGACAUUGAUUUCAUUUUCAGUCUUGCUUUUCGAGAGGUGAAUUUGAGUAAGGACAGGAACAGCUUGCAUGGGCUCCUGGCUGAGUUCCACCCUGCAAUACGUGACCUGAAAGAUCCAGAGUUUUAUGUCAAAGCCAAGGUUCUGGUGAUCCUGGAUGGUCUGGAUGAAAGCAGACUGUCACUAGACUUUCAGGACAGUGAGAUUGUAACAUCUGUCAAUGAAGAAACAUCAGUGGGUGUCCUGCUGGCAAACCUCAUCCAAGGUAACCUGCUUCCAUCUGCUCUCCUCUGGAUAACUUCCAGACCAGCAGCCGCCAAUCAAAUCACUGCAAAGUUUGUCAACAUGGUGACAGAGAUAAGAGGGUUCACUGAUGCACAGAAAGAGGAAUACUUCAGGAGGCGAUUCAGUCUUGACUCGAGCCUCGCUGAGAGGAUCAUCUCUCACAUCCAGGCUUCGCCGAGCCUCAGCAUCAUGUGCCACAUCCCGAUCUUCUGCUGGAUUUCUGCAGACUUAUUCAAAGAAACCUUUGGAGACGAGAAAGCUGAAGUCCCUCAAACUCUGACUGAGAUGAUGGCACAUUUCCUGUUUGUCCAGACAAAACGCAGAAGCAAGAAAUAUGACAAGACAGGGAAGAAAAGAGAAAGAGAAAGAGAGAAUCUUCUGAAGACACACAGAGAAUUUCUCUUGAAACUCGGAAAGCUCGCAUUCAACCACCUUCUGGAGAAUAACCUCAUCUUCUAUGAAGAGGACUUUGAAAAAAUGGGAAUUGACAUUGAAGAAGUGUCCAUCCACUCUGGGUUUUGUGCCACAAUUCUCAGGGAAGAAAGAGUGUUAUCCCAGAAUAAGGUCUUUUGCUUUGUGCAUCUGACCGUACAGGAGUUCUUUGCCGCUUUGUACGUCUAUGAUUGUAUGACAAACAACAAUAUAGAGGAGCUCCAGACCUUCCUAGAUUUUCAGGGAGAGCACACUUUGCCUGAUCUCCUGAAGAUGACGGUGGACCGAGUGUUGGACAGCAAGAACGGCCACCUGGAUUUCUUCCUGCGGUUCCUCUUUGGCCUCAUGGUUGAAUCUAACCAAAGAGUUCUUCAGGGCCUGUUCACAUGCCAGGAACCAGGCGCAGAUACCACCAAAAAGGUCCUGAAGUACCUCAAAACCAUCCGAAGAAAGGGCCUCCCACCAGACCGGUGCAUCAACCUCUUCCACACCAUGGUCGAGAUGAGAGACCACAAAGUGAAAGAUGAGAUUGAGCAAUAUCUCAAGUUGAAAGAUCGGUCAGGAACAGAGCUGACUCCCCUGCACUGCUCGGCGCUGGCCUUCAUGCUGCAGGUGUCGGAGGAUGAUCUGGAAGUGUUUGACCUGAAGAGUUACAACACAUCAGAGCCAGGCAGAAUGAGACUGAUACCUGCCGUGAGGUGCAGCAGAAAGGCCUUACUAGCUGACUGUAAGCUUACUGCAGAGUGGAUCGAGCAGCUGGCGCUCAAUCUUAAGUUCCCCUACUCGGCCCUGAGAGAGCUGGACCUGAGCAACAACGACCUGAAGGAUGCAGGAGUGAAGUCGCUGUGUGAAGGGCUGAGGAGUCCAUGCUGCAGACUGAGAAAACUCAGGCUCUCAGGUUGUCAGAUCACAGAGGAAGGCUGUGCUGCUCUGGCCUCGGCUCUGACGGCCAACCCCUCUCAUCUGACAGAGCUGGACCUGAGCUACAACAACCCAGGAGACUCGGGGGUGAAGAUGCUCACCGAGUUGAAAAGCAAUCCAGGAUGCAGCCUCGAACUCAAUCUUGAACACCGCGGCAGUUUGCGGCUGAAACCGGGCUUUAAGAAAUAUGCCUGUGAGCUCACCUGGGACCCCAACACGGCACACAGAAACCUCUCUCUGUCUGAGGACGGCAGGAAGGUAACGUGGGUGGAAAAGGAGCAGCCGUAUGAAGACCACCCAGACAGAUUUGACGGGUGGUGCCAGGUGCUGUGCAGAGAGGCGCUGAGUGGGCGAUCUUACCUGGAGGUGGAGGUGGAGGAACCCUUUACCAUUGGCUUAACCUACAGAGGAAUCAGUCGGAAAGGGGAGGCAGAGGAUCGCAGGCUGGGAUUCAACGACAAGUCUUGGAGCUUGUUCUGCUCCGAGGAGGGUUGUUUCGUUUUUCACGGCGACGACACCAAAGUGGACGUGUCUUCUCUGUGCUCGCGCUCCAGCCGGGUCGGAGUGUAUCUGGACUGGCCUCACAAUCUGUCCUUCUACAGGGUUUCUUCUGACAAGCCAAUCCUCCUUCAUACCUUCACUGGAAAUUUCACAGAGCCCCUCUACCCAGGUAUUCAAAUUCAUCCCAAGACCUACGCCACUUUUUGUCAGUUACCAUAACCAAACUUGGAGUGCAGCAAACCCAGAAACCAAGUUCAUAUAUGAUUUCUUUUUUUGUGUUUGCAGACGGUGCUUAUAAAAAGUAAUCACCCCCUUGGAUGUUUUCCCCUUUUAUUCUUUUCAUAAAUGGGACCGGGGUCAAUGUAAUGUGGCUUUUUUGGCAAGAAUUUACAAAAACAGUGAAAACAGUUUUCUAUAAAGUAAUGCCAAUUAAUUAAAAAUACAUAAUGUAAAACAA